AUGCCGAUGCCUGCACGCGAGAUCACCGGGAACGAAAUCAAGCCCGGCGCGACACUGGCACCAGGACACCUCCGCGGCAGGCUCGUCUACACGGCGAGCACGCUCGGCACAGACAAGCGCGGGCCGUGCGUGCAGUUCUCGAUCGCAAAGGCGCUCGACGAGAGCUCAGACUAUGUCGCCGAGGCGCGUGGCGGCAACCGCACGCUCACUUGGAAUCUCUUCUUCGCGCUGUUCUGCACACCGGGAACGGACGAUGCCGCGAUGAGGAAACAGAUGGAGGCUGAUCUCGCGCUCCUCCGGGAUACGCUGACCACGCCGCAACGCAAGGUCACCAUCGACUGUACCGGCAUCAAGGUCCUCUCCCGCGAGUUGGCCGACGACGAUAGUAAAACUAAUCGCAUCACUGUCAUGGCGUAUGGUCCCAGGACGCUGGUGGUUCAGAAUACAGAGAGGGUGUUUGUCCAGCCACCAAAGCCACUGCAAGAAAACAGCGUGUGGUUCAACUCUCCUUCCCUAUCACCUGGCACUAGCAUCGCAUCUCGACCCCUCGCCCGCACAAACUCAAAGGAUAUGCGCCCCGUGACGGAGCACCAACGGCCUCACCUCGAGCUCAUCGCCGCGUCUCGGCAGGCCCUCCCCUCCCGUGGAGCAGCGGCGCACAUACCGACCAACAACAAGGGAAAGGGAAGGGCCAUCGAUCCGGGUCCGACCCGUACCUCUACUGACGCGAGUAUACCCACCAGCCGACCGCAUCGCGACCCGACAACUGGCGGUGGAGGCGGUCGCAUACCCCUCACAUUGGGCAUAGCCUCAUUCGACCAACUGGCACCUGCCCCGCCGUCUACUCCCGACGCUAUCGAAUCGGUGCCGAGCAGCAGCAUCGAAGAGGUCCCCGCGCCGCACGCCCCGACUGCCGCUUUCGACCGGAGGGAGCAGCUGCGCCUUGCACGGGCGGAGGAAGAACGACUGGAGCGUGAACGCGCGCUACAAGAGGUCCAGGCCCGCAUGGUCGAGGAAGCAGGCCCUUCGAAGAAGAGGAGGAUCGACGAACGCGAUCCGGACUGGGGAAGAGCGACAGCCCUGGCCGAGUUUGAACGACCUCCGGUUGUCGACUCGUCGCUUCUGAGGAGUGAACAGCCCGCCGAUUCGCAAGAACGCGAUGACGAGCCCGAGUUGAACCCGUUCGAUCUCAAUGCGUGGGAUAUUCCACGUGAGGACGAAGCGGUAGGGACGAAUAUCACUCGUGCAGACGGUGCAGCGCAAGUUGGAAUCGUGAUGGCUCAUGUGGGUGAGCAGCCCCCCAAACGCCCACGACAGGAGGUCCCCGACGCCGAGGACCGCAGGAAGCGCCUCGAGGCGCAGGCACGGAGUGAUGCCGAGGCGAAUGCUCGCAAAGCCGCCGAGGAGCGCCUAGCUCUGCAGCACGAGGCGACACGGGCUGCCGAAGCGCAGACUCACCUCUUGGAGACUGAACUUCACACCGGCACCUACGUCUACACGCCACUUGGCAAAGUAGUGGACGGAAGCUUCGCCAACGUGCUGGGUGUCAUCGUCGAUGCCAAGGAGCCAAAGCAUCCUCGUCACGGCAGCGGGAGUGAGUUUGACUCUACCGGCAUGCACUGA